AUCGCUCAAGAAAACAAGCGAGCCUACGAAAACUAACCAGCUUUCUCGCCACGCCAAAAUGGCCUCCUCGUCCUCCUUCCUGCUCGCCGCCGCGGCGCUGGUGGCACUGUUUGCCGUCGGCUCGUGCGGCGCAGCGCUCACCUUCAAGACCGGCCCGGGCUGCAGCGCCACCCGCCUGGUCCUCAUCCCUAGCGUCGCCAUCUCGGAGGUGGAGGUCAAGGAGAAAGGCGCCAACGACUUCUCGGAGCUCAAGGAGUCGCCGGCCGGCACCUGGACGCUCGACAGCACUGCACCGCUCAAGGGCCCCUUCUCCAUCCGCUUCGCUGCCAAGUCCGGCGGCUACCGCGUCGUCGACGAUGCCAUCCCCGAAGGCUUCAAGUCUGGCUCCGUCUACAAGACUAGCCUCCAGGUCUAAGUAACGGGGCGCGCCCAUUCUUGAGUCGCAUGGAAAUUAUUUUUUCGGAGAGAUCGAGCCCGCGUGCGAGCGAGCCCAUAAAUAAUUUUCUAUGGUUCUAUUGAGACAGCAGGCAUAGGAGAAAUACACCAUACUGCAUGCCCGCAUGCCCUUGCCACGCAUCGCUGCAGGCCUAUAUGUGCACCUGAUUUAGAAUAUAUUGUUAAUUUACAUAAGAUUCUUUUUUGAAAAGGGUAUUUGGUCCACCUUCGAGACGGUUGUAUAUUUGAUUUA